UUUGAAACAAAACAAACAAAAUUUAUUAGGGAAAAGAAGAAAACUUCAAAAUAGUAAAUAAUACAGGGAUGAAAGCUUUAAUUCAAAUGGUUCUUGUAACCAGUGCAAAAUAUUAUGGUUUUCCUCUGUAUGAACUCAACAUCAUAAAAUACAAAUGCAAACUUUGUCAACAUAUCCUGUAGAUUAUAUUGUGUAUCAGCAAAUUAUAUCAGCAUAUCCUGGAACCUUUGUUACAAUAUACUCUUCUCAAUUUGAUUAACAAUCAUGUACAUUUUGUUAAAUGAUUUAAGAAAUCAGCCAUUGAUAAUAUGUGUAGAAAUACUUUAAUAAGAUUUUCUACAUCUUUAUACGCCAAACAAGGCUAGGGGAAAGGGAAGAAAAUUCAGCAAGUCCUUUCCUUUGCUCUGCCAAUCAAAUAAUCUUGUUGAACAAUGCAAAAGUGAGCUUAGGUGACUUCUUUCGAGUUGAAAUAUGGGUAAAAGUUGGGCAUAGUUUCCAUGUUUUGUUUCAUACGCUUAAAUAUAUUUAGGGGAUUCAAGUCUAAAUCAUGUAUUAUUUUAAGAAAAUGGGACGACUUUGGUUUCACAGUAUGCUAUAUAUGUACAACUCUUAUGUCGUUAACAUAUUAUAUGCCCCUGUUAUUCAUAAAGCAAAUGUAUGUUAUGCCUUAAGUGGUAAGGAUGGAUGUGAACUAUGCCUGAGAAUGCAGGUUUGAGUCCCUCUAUUCUCAUUUGGGUACAAAUAAUUCCAAUGGGACACACUUGCCACCCUUGAAGGUGGAGCUUUACUUGGUGCUUGUGGACAGUGCGGUUUGUAGGUACUUGUCGCUAAAGGCUUGGAUAUCCAUGUUAUCCAAAAAAAACUGUAUGUUAUACACAUUCAUACUACGACAUUGUUAUAUUAUAUAUUGAUUGACAUGCAUCUAAUUAGUUCCCAGGACCAUCUUAUUUUUAGUUGAUUUGCAAUUUAUUUAAGAUCAAUGUAGCUCUUGAAAUAUAUCUCAGGAUGCAUUGCAAUUUGCAACAGUGUUGCACUUGCUUACGCUAAGUUGUUGAAGCUCACAUGGACAACUCAUGAUUUUCUUGCCUUUUGUCAUGGAAAAUGGGUGCACCAGAUGUAGUAAAAUUUCAGCUUUUAUAUUAAUUAAUUGCAUUCACCAUUGCCAAAGAGCUGGUCGUCGCUCGCUGACAAGAGAUGCAAGCUGAUAAGGUUAUGAAGCUCAAUGCCAUAAUUCCAUGGUCGGAGCUCAUGGCAGCAACAGUAAUCCUUAAUCAUUCUAUCAAGAAAACAUCAUGUAAUACUGCAUUGAUACGGUUGGUCCCAAAGCUUUGGUUUACCAAAUCAUACCGUCAAGAAUACCGCUGCAUAUUACUGUAUUAGUACAAUUAGACUCAAAAUUUGAGGUACUUGGAAGUCAUUAUAUGAAGAAAAACAAGAAAUUAGUACUGCAUUUGUUAUGGUUAGUACAUAAUGUUUGAAUUUUCCAGCUUUUGUCUAUUGUACUAUCUCUUCUUUUCUGUAUUAUUUCUUUGCUCAUAAUGGAAACAUUUUUCAGUGGGAGAUUCAGUUCCAUCUCUUUUGUGUUCAAGUGCUCCCUAUAGUUCAUAUAUUUGGAAGAUAGAUAAAGGAAAAGGAAAAAGAAUAAAAGGAGAGAGAAAGAGCAUCAUACUAUAGUUGAGAAGUGGUCCCCCUAAGAUCUUACAGA